AUGUCAUCGCGUCGUUUGACGCGAGAACAAAAAGGAAAGGGGGCGGUAUCUUCUCGGGAUUCUGCUGAGAAUCCUGACAGUAUCCAUCACGGAGCAAUGAUGGAUACGGGAAAUAUGGACUUAGCGCAGCGUCUUUUGGUCUCGGAAGCAAGAGAACAGUUCUGGGGUGACGACGACGGUCAAGAAGCGGUCGACACCUCGAUUGUUCCGAUCAGCUACUACCCCGGGAACAUCUUCGCCGAGGAGAGCCCACUGGAGGUUUGGAGAAUUCGACCUUCGGUCGUCGAUGGACAAGAUUGGUCCAACGUCGAGAGGACGAAGUCCACCGUGGAGUCGGUGGAGGCUAUCCUCCGAGAUCUCAAUGCACACGGGGUCUCGUUCAUCAUUCCAAAGCAGGAUCAGAGGCCUUGGUCGCCCCCGAAGGGGUAUCAAUGCAUUUACGAGUCCUAUUUCCGGAACGACACGAAGUUGUGGUUCCCAAUCCCCCGAAUUGUCACGGCCUACGCGUUCCGCAGAGGGGUCGCUUUAAGCCAGUUGAUGAACGGUUCUCUCCAGUUGAUGGUCGUUUUAUCGGUGAUUGCGGCUGAGGCAGGGACAUCGAUGAGUGUGAGGUCGUUUGAAGAGUUGACUUCAGUUUCAAUUUCCGACGAUGGGCUCGUCUCGACGAGGAUGCGCCCAAACUAUAACGUGGUCACGGGGUAUCCGACCAAAACCUCAGAUUGGCAGCGUUCGUACUUCUAUGUGAAGUCGAACAGAUCAGCGUUCGAAGAGCCUCCGAAGUCUGGUUAUCGCGUUCUCUGGAAUGCAGAGAUGGUUGGUCAUCCGAAUCUCGCUACGUACCCCGAGGAUUGGAAGGAGAGUUCUCGGAUUGUUGCGUUGCAGAAGCAAGAUCACUGGGAGGAUUUUACUCGGGAGAGAAUUCAAAGAUCUGUAGAACGGAUUGCGAGUCAGCAUUGGAUCUCGGAUUCGCUUCCUCACAUCAAUCGAUCGACUUUGAAGCGGUUGUCCCUUUUCACACGAGCCGAGCAAAAGGAGAUCAAUCGGGCCCGAACAAUGAAGCAACUGCCUGAUCUAAGCCUUAUUACGGCGGGGAAGAUAGGUGCCAAAAAGGGUACUGACGACUCCGCGGGGGUCGGGAUUACGGAUGCUGCCCCCGUUACCGCUGAGCGGGCGCCUACUGGCGGUUCUUCUCAGGGAAGGAACUCGAAGAAGAAGAAAAGCAAAGAGACUCGGAAGGAGUCCAAUGAGAUGGAUCAAACCGAUCUGGAUAACCCCUCUAAGAAGGGUGGUAAGAAGAGGAAGGCCGUGGAACCGCCUGCGGAAGACGUUCCUAAGAAGAAAAAAACGAAGAAGCAAGAUUUCUCCGUGUCCCGACCAUCCUCGGUUUGCGAGGAGGAGCUCCAGGUUUUGGUCCCUGAUGCUACUCCCGAGGGCAUCUCGGAGGUUCCGAGGGAGUUGCCAGCCUCUGAAGGACAGCAAGUCCCUCUGAGGGGCGACUCUUCGGCUCAUGUCACGGAAGGUUCUGAGACUCGUGUGUCCGGCCAUCCCAAGGAAACCCCGGAGGAUGGGUUCAAGUUCGAGUUCAACCGAGAGCUCCCGCUGGCCUGUUACCCGGAGGAUUGUGCUCGCUUGCUACGGUUAGUCAAAGGCGGUCCCGAUCAGCUUCCUUCAGUGGGGGACCUCAUCUUCAAAGACGAGUAUGAGCACGCCUCUUGCUCGUCGGUAAAGAGUCACGGCGACUGGAAUGUUCUGGUCGGGAAGUAUGACACAGCCCUCAGGCGGGCUAGAGAGCAGAUCCGUGAGAGCGAAGAAGCCAAGAAGAAAGCGGAGGAGGCUCUUCGGGUGUCUUCGCGGGAAAAGACUGAAGCCAUUGCUCGGGAGAGAUCUCUCAGGAAAGCGUUUGACGAGACGCGAACAUCUGACGCGGCUGAGCUGCAGAUGUGUAAGGAGGCGAUGGACAACCUUGAAGUUGUGGUGGACAAGCAGCGGAAGGAAAAGGUUGACCUAGAGAGAAGGAUGGCCGCGGAAUCACUUAGGCAUUCCGAGGAAAUGACCAGGCUUCGGAAGUCUCGUAGGUAUGAGGUUACGCACGAGAGAAUUCGCGUGCUGAUCGCCAUGAUUGCUAAGGCUGAGAAGCGCUUCCACAAGAUCUCUCUUCGUGAGGACCAAAGAGACAAGUACGACGAUGCUAGAUGCCUCUACAGCCAAGCCUUUGGAACAAGGAAAUGCCUCGAGCAAAUUAAAGCCUCGGGUGUCGAAAUCCCGCAGGAAACCAUCGAUUUCUUUGCUGGGCAAGAGAGGCAUUAUGAAGAGGAAGCAGAACGCUUGGAAGUAAAGGAAAUUCCAGCAGAGGACCUUCGCCUCUCCCCGUUAGUGUUGGAGUCUCGGUUCCUGAUCGAAGAGAUUUGGCGUCAGCUCGAUCCGUUUGGAUCGAACAUUGGUUUGAUCGAUUCAGAGGCUGCUAUUGCUCUUCGUACUCCUCUCGCCGACCGAGAUCCCCGCUCUGUAGAUCCGACGGAGAAGCCCGCUCAGACGGCCGUAUCUUCCAAUCAGCACACUGACCAAGGCGUCGAUCCGGCGGAGCGAACAUCAGUGGGAGCGGUUAUUCAGAAGGACGGGGCAGUGCCUACCAUUGUGCUGACCGAUUCCUCCGCGAAGGCAUCGAAGAAUGCCAGCUCGUCCGCUUCCUCGUCGGAAGACCCGGGGAAGGAAGACGAGCUUCCAACGGAGACGCCAGCUGCAAAUGUGACUGACUCAAUUCCAACAAAGUUCGGCCGCGUCUCGGGUCCCGGAGAAGGUGACGGCAGUGGCGACAAGGAUCCUCCUGUGGUCGAUUAA